AUGGCACCCUCUGCCACCACCGACUUGAGCGUCGCUACUCCCAAGUUUGCAGACGAGGUGCGCCUCUUUGCCCAGGAAGAUGACAAGACCGUCGACCGCUUCCUCCGCGAGUUCCGCUGCCUCAUCGCCGACCUCGUCCAGCAGUUUGGCGGCGGCCACCCGGGCUCAGCCAUGGGCAUGGCCGCCAUUGGCCUCAGUCUCUGGCGAUACACGAUGAAGUUCUCGCCCGCAAACCCCAGUUUCUUCAACCGCGACCGCUUCGUGCUCUCCAACGGCCACACCUGCUUGUUCCAAUAUGCCUUCCUCCACCUCACGGGCUAUGAGCAGAUGACCAUGGACCAGCUGAAGUCCUACCACUCCGCCCGGUAUGACUCCUUCGCCCCCGGCCACCCCGAGAUCGAGCACGAGGGAAUCGAGGUUACCACCGGCCCGCUUGGCCAAGGCGUAGCCAACGCUGUCGGUCUGGCCAUGGCCACCAAGAGCCUGGCUGCCACCUACAACAAGCCCGGCUUUGACCUCGUCAACAACACCACAUAUGUCAUGAUUGGCGACGCCUGCCCGCAGGAAGGUGUCUUCCAGGAGGCUGUCGAUCUGGCCGGCCACUGGAAGCUGAACAACCUGGUCAUGAUCUACGACAACAACCAAAUCACCUGCGACGGCAGCGUCGACAUGUGCAGCAUCGAGGAUCUCAAUGCGAGAAUGCGCGCCAACGGCUGGAACGUCAUUGAUGUCCUGGACGGCAACUACGACGUCGAGGGCAUCAUCAAGGCCCUCCAGCAGGCCAAGGCCAGCACCGAGAAGCCAACCUUCAUCAAUGUCCGCACCACCAUCGGAAUCGGCAGCAAGGUCGCGGGCGACGCCAAGGCCCACGGUGCCGCCUUCGGCGUUGACGAAGUGAGGAACGUCAAGGCCAAGUUCGGCAUGAACCCCGACGAGCAUUUUGUUGUCAGCGACGAGGUCUACAACAUCUUUGCCGACCUCAAGGCCCGCGGUCAGAAGCUCGAGCAGGAUUGGAAUGCGCUCGUUGCCGACUACGCCAAGGAGUAUCCCGAGCUUCACAAGGAGUUCAUCGCCCGUGUCGAGGGUCGCUUCACCCAAGACUGGAGGAGCAUCAUUCCUUCCAAGGACAGCUUCCCUACCACGCCUACACCCUCUCGCAAAUCCGCUGGCCUUGUCUGCAACCCUCUGGCCGCUAAGUUGUCCAACAUGAUGGUUGGCACUGCCGACUUGAGUCCCUCCGUCAACAUGGCUUGGAAGGACAAGGUUGAUUUCCAGCACCCCGAUCUAAGGACAACAGCUGGUAUCAACGGAACCUACCAAGGUCGUUAUAUCCAUUGGGGUAUUAGGGAGCACGCCAUGGCAUCUAUCUCCAACGGUCUCGCUGCUUACCAAAAGGGCACCAUCCUCCCCGUCACCUCCAGCUUCUUCAUGUUCUACAUUUACGCCGCCCCCGGUGUCCGCAUGGGCGCCCUCCAGCACCUCCAGCAAAUCCACAUCGCCACCCACGACUCCAUCGGCACCGGCGAGGACGGCCCAACCCACCAGCCCAUCGCCCUGCCCGCCCUCUACCGCGCCAUGCCCAACAUCCUCUACAUCCGCCCCUGCGACAGCGAGGAGACGGCUGGCGCCUUCGUCGCCGCCCUCGAGGCCACCAACAGCCCCUCCAUCAUCUCCCUCUCCCGCCAGAACCUCGAGCAGUUCCCUCAGCACUCGAGCCGCGACGGCGUCCUCCGGGGCGCCUACGUCUUCAUCGAGGAGGCCGACGCCGACGUCACCCUCAUCGGCGUCGGUGCCGAGAUGGCCUUCGCCGUCAAGACCCGCGAGGUCCUCGCCAAGAAGUUCGGCAUCAGGGCGCGCGUCGUCUCCUUCCCCUGCCAGCGCCUCUUCGAAGCGCAGCCGGCCGAGUACAAGCGCGAGACGCUGCGGUACCGCUCCAACGCGCCCCGCGUCGUCAUCGAGGCGUACGCCGUCAACGGGUGGGAGCGCUACGCCGACGCCGGGUACAGCAUGUCGACAUUCGGCAAGAGUCUGCCCGGCAAGGACGCCUACGAGUUCUUCGGGUUCAACGGGGAGAAAAUCGCGCCGCAGGUGGCCAAGCUGGUGGAGGAUGUGAGGAGGGACGGGAUCGAGAGCCUGCGUGGGGAGUUCCGUGACUUGAACACUCCACCUGCGAACCACUGA